AUGGAUAAAGAAAAUAAGGCUAAACAACUUGCUCAAUUAUCAGAAAAGCUUGCAGUAGCAAGGCUUGAACAUGAAGUUAAAUCAUUGGAAACGGAAGUUUUAAACAUAUUAAAGUCUUCUUUGUCUAAAAAAGCGUUUGUUUUAUCUGUUUUUGAUGCUUCUGCAUUAAUUGAUUCAUUAAAAAUCAUUAAAAGUUGGAUUGGGAUAAAAUCAGUGAAAAUUGUUAUUCCUUUCUUUGGUAGAACAUUAUUUUGUGCAUACGCAUUUUUAUUGAUGCUUUUAUUAGCAUUAGAGGAACUAGAUAGAUUAAAAAAAGGCACAGAUGUUGUUAAUGUUAAUGCUAGAAGUGUGAUACGUUUUUUGGAACGAUUUUCGAAUAAUACCCCUGAUGAAUGGACAAUAAGGAUGCAGAAGCCAUCAGAAACUGUUGAUUGGCGGGAGUGUGUGCCUUUAUUUUCAUUAAAUCCAGAAUCGCUGGAUAUUUUGUUAAAAUAUAAUACGAACCAAAAAGGACAAUUCUUAAUUGAAUCCAAAUAUACAGAAACAAUUACUGCGAAUAAAACUCCAAGGAGUCUUCGUUCUUUAAUAUGUUUUAUGGUUUAUUUACAAAAGAAUAUUGGUACAGAAUUUUCAUCUUGUCAAUUAAUUACACACGACCCGAUCACUAUAGCAUGGGCAAAAUUAUUUUCUAUUCAGACAUUUACUGUAGCAGAAUUAACUUCAAAUAUUGCUUUAAAUAACAAGGAACAUGACAAUUCCAAGAAAAAAUAUAAUCCUUUAAAAAAACGGUUCAAAUCAACCUCAGCUAAUCCGUCUUUUUUAUAUUCAGAAGAAAAAUAA